AUGCCUGCUCGGCUAUCGCUCGUCCCUGCCCAGUGGGAGACCAACGUGCGUGUUAUUGGCAUGUCCGAGUGCCGUGAGGCCGCCCUCUCGCUGGCCCAUGCCUUUGCUGCUGACGGCCUGUCUCUGUACCUCGUGACUUCCGACGAUACGGCCGGUUUCUCCGAGGAGGUAAAGUGGCGCCUUCACGUCGACAUCAUGACGUACAUUGUGGCUGCCGUCUGCCUGAACGGCGUCGUCACCACCAUCGGCCCAGACUACGAGGGCGUCGCCUUGUGGAUGCCACCGGGCAAGAGCCUCGACGGCUUUUGGACAGUCCUGCGCAGUGGCCUGUGGCGGCUGCACUUCCAACUCUCGACCGAGUGCCGCCGGCGCUACUAUGCCGAAUUGCUGCCGCUACUCGAGCACUCCAAGGUCGAGGUCAUGGCACAGCGGGGUGUUGUGGACAACAGCUACUAUCUGCUGUAUCUGGGGACGAAGCCUGGGGCACGCUGCCGUGGUUAUGCCCGAAAGCUGCUCGAGCACAUGCUCGUAAAGGAAAGCCGCCCCGUGUAUCUCGAGUCGAGCUCCAUUGCCAACAAUUCGUACUACAGCCGGUUCGGGUUUGAGCUGAAGCGGGACAUUUCCCUUGUCCGCGGUCCGGCUCCAGUCGGCCUGUCGAUCAUGGUCCGCGAGCCUCAGACGGUACUUAAUGCGAAACUCGACGAGGAGUAG